AUGGCAUUAAGAGCACCUGUUACAUGUCUUAGUAUGGCCUCAACAAAAACAGUUUCUUCUAGCAGAAUAGAAUUUUGCAUGUCCCCAACAAACAGACCAUCUUUUUUUGGUUCUGGAGUUGCACCCUUAAAGGUUAGAGGUAUACAGCUAGCUCAUCCUAGGUCUGUGCGAUGUAACAGCGUCCAGAUGAGUCUUUUAGACCGUGUUUCACGGGUUUUCAAGUCAUAUGUAGAAGCACUGAUUAGCAGCUUUGAAGACCCGGAAAAGAUCUUAGAGCAAGCUGUUCACGACAUGAAUGAAGAGCUUGCAAAGAUGCGCCAAGCUACAGCCCAAGUUUUUGCGUCUCAAAAGAUGAUGGAAAAGAAAUAUGAAUCUGCCGAGGAAGCUUCUGAGGAAUGGUACAAAAGAGCACAAUCUGCUCUUCUUAAGGGAGAUGAGGAUCUUGCACGCGAAGCUUUAAUGCGACGUAAAAUGUAUGCUGACAAUGCAGUUUCUCUGAAGACUGAACUAGUUAAGCAGAAGGGUGUCACAGAGAAUCUCAUUAACAAUAUACGCCUUCUCGAAAGUAAGAUCCAAGAAGCUAAGUCAAAUAAGGAUACGCUUAAAGCACGUGCACAAUCUGCAAAGACCACAACAAAGGUAAAUGAAAUGUUGGCCAAUGUUGAUACAAGCAGUGCUCUUUCCGCUUUUGCAAGGAUGGAGGAAAAAGUUAAUAGCAUGGAGUUCAUAGCAGCAGGGCCUGACCGGUGGGUACCUGUGAAUGAUACUAAAGGAAAGGUACCUAUUAUUGAAAGUACGGAUAUUGAUGAAGAUCUUGCAAGCUUGAAGAAGAAACUAUUUGAGACCACAAAGAAAGGAGAACUUCCGCCAGGGAGAACAACGGUUUCUAACUCAAAAGAAGCAUAUCCAUUUCCAGAUCCUGGAGUCGAGAAAGAGUUAAAUGACUUAAGAGAAAGGACCGAAGACUUCUAG